CGUGUUCCCGUCUUGGAUGGCAACGUGAUGCGCGUCCUCACCCGGUUACGGGAAAUAGGCUCACCCAUCCAACUCAACACAACCAACGCCGUUUUGUGGGAUCUUGCCGAACAGCUAGUUGACCCUAACCGCCCUGGCGACUUUAAUCAGGCCAUUAUGGAACUCGGAGCUGUUUGCUGCAAACCCAAGCAACCCAACUGUUCAGAAUGUCCGCUGGGGGAGAUAGGCCUUUGUGGUGCCUACGAGUCGAUCCUCUCUUCUUUUCCAAUAAGAUUAUUGCCUUAUGCGCAACAAGCACAACCCUGUGGAUACAACAAUUUGCACGUGAAUAUCCAUGAAGCCUUUCUCAGC